AUGACAAGUCUACCUUGUUCUGCGUCCGCUUGUUGGAAACGACUAGCAAUUGCUUUGCUUCUGUUAUUGGAAGCCACUUCGUCUGCGUUUGCUGUGGUGGGUCCCCAAUCAUCAGCGGCGGCAAGCUCUCGACAAAGUGCUUCUCCUGAUUCCACCACAGAUGAGGACCACAGUGGACUACCUCCUUACUUUCCCAGACGCCAUGAUGUUUUGGUAGCUUUGGAUGCAGUGAAACGAGCUUGUCGUGUCACACGGGCUCUCCAACCAGUCGUUGCAGUCGAAGAGAGUAGUGCUUCCAUUGCGACCGUAGAAAAGGCAGACUUGUCUCCCGUGACAGUCGCAGAUUAUGCUGUCCAAGCCUUGAUUCUACAGUUGCUGCAACGUAAGUUCCCCUUGGACGGUUUUAUUGCCGAAGAAGACCGACAAGCACCAGAAGCCGAUGAUAGCCUAUGUCAGCAAAUCAUGGCAGCACUGAACGAAGAUAGUGCAAUUGAGAGUGAUCGUGAAUCCGUGCUAAGGAGCAUUGAGUUGGGAAAAUCAUAUACCCAGUGGGAUUCUGCGACGACAAAUCGGCCCUCUCGUGUCUGGUGCUUGGACCCUAUUGAUGGUACCAAGGGAUUCUUGCGUGGCAGACAUACCGGGGGACAAUACGCCAUUGCUCUGGCAUUGGUGGAAGAUGGAGUCCCCACCAUUGGGAUAUUGGGUUGUCCAAACUUGCCGACACGAGUCGACGAUGAACAAUAUGCUUGGUCUGCAGAUGAAAAACACCAUCAAGAAGAUCCUUCUUCUACUCGGGGAUGCAUCUUUGUAGCCAGUCGAGGGGGCGGGUGUUACCAACUCAGUUGCAAUGGGGAUACUCCUGUCAAGCGGCUUGAUGUCACACCCAAUGAUGCGUCGACACGUGUCGUUGAGAAUGGGCGAUUCUGUAUCGGUGUCGAGCGCUUUAGUGAUGCUCUCGGUCAAACCGACGCCAUGGCUAACAUUUUGCAACACGGAUUAGACGACAAUGGUGCCAUCAAGAGGGCACGACGUAUGGAUUCCCAAGCGAAACAUGGUGUCAUUGCUCGUGGUGGCGCCGAAUGGUACGUUCGCUUGCCCAAACCAGGUUAUGUAGAAUGGAUAUGGGAUCAUGCGGCUGGAAAUGUGGUCAUUGAAGAAGCGGGUGGGACCAUGACCGAUACACUUGGCAAUCCAUUGGAUUUUUCAUUGGGUCCCAAGUUGUCUCCGUAUGUGAAGGGAAUAUUGAUGAGCAAUGGUGGGGUGUUUCACUCGGCACUUGUCGAUGCUUAUUCCAAGGUUGCGUCAUAG